CUUGGGAUCAAACUUGCAAUUCAACGGCCAAUUGGGAAAAUGCUCACCGACCGCUUCCUUCAUAUCUGAAUCUCCAUCUCCAAUAAUUUUUCUUCUUUUACUUUCCCUUCCAUUCUUCGUCGUUAUCUCUUCCCUCCUUAGGGUUCCUCUUCGCCUUCUUCUCCAAUCCCACAAACGGCUUUCCCCCCCUGAACUGUUGAAUUAUCGCGUUACCUAUUUCUCCACUGUACGGAUCCUCUCCUGCAAAAACCCCCUUCCGGUGAAAGCUCUCACUUUCCUCUUGUCCGGGGUUUUAGAUUUCCGCCAUGGCCGUCAUCAGCCUCCUCUAGGGUUUCUUCUCCCCCCAAUUGUUUCGGAGUGGUAAGCGUAGGUAGAGAUAUAUAUGGAUAGGUUCAUGAAUGGAGGCGGGGUUCCGCAGAGUUCGAAGGUGGAGGAUCCUCGACCAUUCGGAAUUAGCAGUUCUGGGGAUACUCUGUUUGAUGCGUCUCAGUAUGCAUUCUUCGGCAAGGAUCUUGUUGAGGAAGUGGAGUUGGGGGGGUUGGAGGAAGAGGAGGAAGAGCCCGCUCCAGCUGAAUUUGAUGAAGAGGAAUUUCUUUUUGAUAGACAAGAGGGAGACGGUUUAGGAUCUUUAUCGGAUAUUGAUGAUCUUAGCAAUGCAUUUUCAAAGUUAAACGAGGAUGUAGGUGGGCCAAGAAGAUUUGGUGUAAUCGCUGAGAGGGGGUCAAGAGAAAGUUCAUCUGCUACCGAGUGGGCACAAGGGGAAGAGGUCCCUAAUUGGUAUGGCCAGCAGGUAGUUGACCCCGACAUAUCUCAAGAUAGCAAGAGAUGGUCAUCACAACCCUUUGUCUCUUCUGCUCGACCGGGAGAUCCGAACAACUUGUAUCGAACAUUUUCAUAUCCGGAGCAACCCCAGCAACACCAUCAACAAGUACACCAUCAACAGUUCUCAAGUGAACCGAUUCUUGUCCCAAAACCUUCUUAUCCUUCAUAUCCUCCUCAAGUUAGCGGACAAUCCCCACUUGCUUCACCAAAUCACACACAGUUAAAUAUCCCGCAUCUCUCUGGAAACCCCCAGAUGGCAUUGUCUCCGCAGAACCAGUCUCCCUUCUCCAAUUCUCAGCUCCAGAUGCCUGGUGUGCACCAUGGAUCACCACAGUACGGCAGAAACUUGCAACAGCUUGCCUCUGGUCUAGCUGUUAACAGUCGUCCACCAGGGCAAUGGGCGAACCAAACUGGCAUGUUCCCUGGAGACCAUCCCAUGAACCGGAUGAACAAUGCGCUGCCUCAUCAGAAUGGGCUAAUGCCUCCACAGAUGAUGCGACCUCAUAUGCAGCAGCAGCAGCUGCUGCAGCAUAGAUUUCACCAUCAGGGUCAGCCAUCUUUAAGUCAUUUACCAGGUAUUCAGAGUCAAAUCUUUAACCCACAUCACCCUCCAUCACCUCCAGUGAUGAGAAACUUUGGCGCGGUUCUCGGCAUGGGCGAUCUCAGAGAUCAAAGACCGAGAUCGGUUCAGAGAGGUGGCCGGUUCAACAUGCGGUAUCCUCAACCAAGCUAUGAUAGCGGCUGGCCACAGUUCAGAUCCAAGUACAUGUCAACCGAUGAACUUGAUGGCAUUCUCAGAGUGCAACUUGCUGCGACACACAGCAACGACCCGUAUAUAGAUGAUUACUAUCACCAGGGGUGUCUCUUCAAAAAAUCCUCAUCUGGUGCAACAAAGAUCAGACACCAUUUCUGCCCAACGCACUUGCGUGAUCUACCUCCGGGGGCCCGCGUGAACUCUGAACCACAUGCUUUCCUACAGGUGGAUGCUCUUGGUAGGGUUCCUUUCUCUUCCAUCCGCAGGCCCCGCCCUCUUCUCGAGGUGGAUCCUCCCAAUUCUUCUACUACCAAUAGCGAACAGAACAAUGUUGCCCCCGAGAAGCCACUAGAGCAGGAGCCUAUGCUUGCAGCUAGAGUUGCAAUUGAAGAUGGUCUCUGCCUCCUCCUAGAUGUUGAUGAUAUCGAUCGUUUCCUCAAGUUUAAUCAGAUCCCUGAUGGUGGGACCCACUUGAGAAGGCGGCGGCAGGAACUGUUGGAAGGGCUAGCAACAUCUCUCCAGCUGGUAGAUCCACUUGGGAAAAAUGGACAAACAGGUGGAAAUGACGACAUGGUUUUCUUGAGGGUAUUAGCCCUUCCCAAGGGCAGGAAACUUCUGUCUAGGUACCUACAACUGCUACCAGCUGGUGACCUCCUACGUGUUGUCUGCAUGGCCAUCUUCCGUCACUUGAGGUUUCUGUUUGGAGAUAUGUCUCGGGCAGCUGAAGCUACGAGCAACCUGGCUAGGACUGUAUCACUGUGUGUCCGCCGGAUGGAUCUCGGGUCGCUCAGUGCGUGCCUUGCUGCCGUGGUUUGUUCGUCUGAGCAACCGCCAUUGCGCCCAUUGAGCAGCUCGGCGGGAAAUGGGGCUUCGGUCGUCUUGGUUUCUGUGCUCGAACAGGGUGCUGAGUUGUUGAGCGAUUCACUUCAAGAUGCGAGCAACUACAAUGUCACAAACCGGGAGCUUUGGAAGGCCUCGUUUGAUGAAUUCUUUGGUCUGCUUAUCAAGUAUUGCGUGAAUAAGUACGACGGGAUUAUGCAGUCUUCUUGCUUAGAUCCAGCUGAAGCUAUAAAGAGAGAAUUGCCUAUGGAGCUUUUAAGGGUGAGUGUUCCACAUACCAACGAGUACCAGAAGAAGAUGUUGUAUGAUCUCUCUCAGCGGUCGUUGGUUGGUCAGGAGAAAGGCAAUGUUGGUCAGGCAGUGUGAGGUGAUACCAAUACCAGAAGCAUUGUUGGGCUUAAUUACUUGAUUUUCUUUUCAAGGUUCCACAAUUGUCGUUGCACCACACUGGAGCAGUACAUUCCGAAAGGUGGAGCAUAUUGACAAUAUCCACUUUGGGGAGCAUGCGUAACCGGCGAAAGCUCGUAGUCGCCUUUUAGUUUUUCUGAAUAGAAUUUUUGGCCAUUCUCAUUCAAUUUCACCCUUGUCUUCCUGUACUGUCUUAGAUCUGUUAUGGCUCUUGGAAUUUUGUCUUCAUGUCUGGUCGUCGUCUGUCUCUUGAGAGCUUAUUUUGAUGCUCUGUUGUGGAAAAUUUUCCUCGAUGUAGAAGGAAGAGGGUGUAGUGGGUUUAGAUGUACAGUCGUUGUUCAUGGCUGGAUGUGCAGAAUUGCUGCAACAGAUCUGAAGAAGCUCGUUCGCCAGUUAGUUUCCUUUUUCAGCAUUUGUUCUUAUGGUCCAAUAUGCACUGCUGUUCUGCUGCAGAAUGUUGGAUAUUUUGUGAAGGUUUUGAUUCAUAUUUGCCGGUGCCAAUGGUCAUAUUAGAUCUCUUUCUUUUGCACCUGGGAUAGAGAAAGAUGUCAUCUUCUCGAACAGACACCUUUCAAUUUAGGUCAUUUGACAUGAACCAUGUUGUCUACUUUCUUUAUCUGAUGAAUAGCUUUUGGUCUGUUAGUAUCACAAGGUUGACCACUUGUUAGUAGCUUUGUCCAAAAUUCAAGUGUAUAGACUAUGGCUAUGGCUCCUGGUUAUUAAUCGUCUUGUAAGUAGAGGCACUCUUGAAUGUUGAUGGUGCCUUUCUUCACAUCCACGAUUCUUCAGUUCGAG